ACAUGGUCAGUGUGACUAUGGCAGAUUCGAAGCCAGAGUUAUAGAUCUCUGGUACGCCUAACGGACACAGUGCUGCAGAGCGAAUAGCGACGCCUCUUACGACCCUGUAGCAGUUGUCAUUGUCAACAUGCCAAUACACAUAUCGAUGUCACGCACAUGACAAGAAAAAAAACCAACAUGGUGGAUUGAUCUGGACGGGAUUACUUGGCAGUGUUUGUGACUACACUUUGAAAAGUAUAGUUUGGUUCGUUACAUCAGCCAAAAAGGCUCUCUGUGUGUCAUCUCCCUUGAUCUCAACCUGAAGUCCUAUUGCCCGCAAGGCUACAGUUUCAAGUGGCCACCACUGUGACAUUCCUGGAAUGCUACUGCAAGCUGUCACGUCCAUAUUCUCCCACUCUACGUUGUGACGUGUGAACACAUGUGGAUAUUUCUACGACAGCAAGUGGUACAAUCGUUUGUUGAAAAUGAUGGUUAAACAAAACCAAGUACAUGUAUUACUGGUUCUGACUGUGACUUUCAUCCAUGGUGUAUCCCCUACACAAGCACCGUGUCCAGGUGGAGUGGCAACACUGGAGACAGAAUACAACAUAACUUGUGACAGAAGCAACUAUACCGGCUUUAUAUGGGUACGACCAACUGAUGACCGGUAUGUCGUCACCUGCAACCCAAGCUGCAGCCCCGUGGCUGGAUACAGUGCAACUAUGAACGCCACACACUCUACACUCACUAUACACAGUGUCGGAGUGAAUGAUGCUGGAACAUGGAGGAUACAAGAUGCAAUAAAUGAUACAAGUGCGCCGCAAGGCGUGUGUGAAGUGAUGGUCUCCAACAUUUCUUCGACAACACGUGACACGCCAACGUCUGUCGAUAUUUCUUCGACAUCAGGUGACACGCCGACGUCUUCUGAUUCCAUAUCUACAACGGCUGUGACUCCUACGUCAACAGGUGCUUCCCUAAUAGCUUCCAUGUGUCCAGCGGGUGUCGGUCUUCUUGAAGCAGAUUACACCAUAACUGGUGACAGAAGCAGCUAUACAGGCUUUAUAUGGGUACGACCAAGUGAUGGCCGGUAUGUCGUCACCUGCAACCCCAGCUGCAGCCCCGUGGCUGGAUACAGGGCAACUAUGAACGACACACACUCUACACUCACUAUACACAGUGUUAAGAUGGAAGAUGCUGGUACAUGGAAGAUCGUGGAUGCGACUGUAGUGGAUCCCAUCCCUGUAGACGUGUGUCAUCUGACCGCAGCUAAAAUUCCGCAAUGUAACAUCAGCAGUGAUGUGGACACAGACGCCCUUGAGCUCGGCACAAACCUGACAGUCACAGUGUACAUCAACGGCUACUACUGUUCCCAGGAAACUGUCUUUAACCUUACCACUGGUGUUCUCAUGGAGACGUUGUUGACGAAACACAACGUCAGUGAUGUCACGACUGACGUCAUUAACAAAACUAUCAAUAUUGUCCUUUCACGUUUUGGUGACGUCACGGUGUCGUUUGCAUGUGACGUCAUGAGCAGUGAUCUGAGCUGUAGUGGAGUAAAGAGUUUGUUAAAAAGUCCCCCACAGUGCAACAUCAGCAGUGAUACAGACACCGAUGUACUGGAGCCAGGUACAACUCUCACUCUGACAGUGGACAUCAGAGGCUACUUCUGUUCUCAACAAGCUGGGUUUGAUCUCACUACUGGCAGCGUCACAGACGUCUUGUUGCAGAACCAGACCACGCACAACAUCACCGACACUGUCCAGCACCACUUCUUCAACGUCUCAUCUGAUCGUUUGGGAAAUGUCAGUGUUAUGUUUAGAUGUGACAACAGCAAUAGAUCACUUACGUGCGAUGGAGUUUCCAAGUUAAGCGCUGCUCCUUCACCAACAACAUCCCCCACAUCGACAGCUGCUCCUUCACCAACAACAUCCCCUACGUCGACAGCUGCUCCUUCACCAACAACAUCCCCCACAUCGACAGGAACGAGCAACACGUCACCAAGCUCACCAACAGCAUCUGAGAGGUCGUCAACACCCACAAGUCCAUCUACUACAGAGUCAUCACCAUCCGACCUUACCUUAGGUCUUGCUAUUGGACUAACGCUGCUCUUUUGUGUAAUUGCACUUGCUAUUGCAUUACGUUUCCACCAGGAAAGGCUUAAAAAAAAUGGGAAGUACAUUGUAACAGGAAAGCCUGGUCGAGAGAAAGGUUAUUCUGGUAAGUGUCAAAAUCAGUGUCUGGAAAUGCCGAUUCAGGACAACCUUUCAUCCAAAGGCUAAUUACCAUGUAGCCUGCAAAUCACUCAAUUGCCAUUACAUAAAAAUGCUGAUCUCAAUAUAAAUGAUCAUCACCAUUGCAUUGUGCCCAAGGGGGGCACAGGGGGCCCUGUCAUCUAAGGCGCCGCGAUUCGCUGAGCAGAUUUGCGUAACUUUGAAACACCAGAAACCUAUGAUAGUGGUUCGAAUCCUGGUUCGUCCCGAUUAUGAUUCUAGGUUUGUCAGCACCAUACC